UUCAGCAUUGAUUAUAACCACCUUGCUUCAGGCGGAAGGUCUCAAUAUGGAUAAUAUAGACAACUUUACGACUCUGGUCCCAGACUUCCGGGAAAUACCGGAGGGCGAUGUCACCGUCGCUCGCGAGCUUUGGGAAACGACGAAGGAAGCUGAAAGAGCGAGAAUGAAUUUUACGGCUGCAUUCGAUGAGUCACAGAAAGUCUUCGAUGAAGUUCUUCAAGGUCCCCGGCGGCCGGCAGGGAGCCGUUUCACUCAGGUCGAACAAGGCGCACAGUCAGCGGCUAGGACUCCAGUGAAUGACCAAGAACUAAGCCGAGGAAUGUACAUAACACAACCGUUCCGCAAGAACCCGAUAAAGCUUCGCAUAUAUGAUGGCGAACACGAGGCAGCGAUGCUCGAGGAAGCAAGACAAGUAGCACAGACGGUGCAGGCAGCGAAAAUGGCGGAGGCAGUUUCGGACGAAAUAACCGAAAUGGGCCGACACACUUUAGAACAAAGCAAAGACAAAGCAAUCCUCAACGAAAUUGCCAACCUCAAUGCAACCCUGACAUCCAGAACAAUUGCCGCUAAAAAAGCAUUUCACCCGACCACCAGUGCAUUUGGAGUGGCAGUGACCGUUCCGAAUAAAUCCAAAGGUGCAGCAGGCGGUCUCGACUGUACUCCUCGAAUGCGCUUUCGACAAACACAGAACGGGCCCAUUGACAAGGACCACUUGGCGCCAACGGCACAGCAACAGAACGAUGAUGUCGGGCAGAGUAGCGACGCAGGAGGUUCUUCCGCUAACCAGAACUCAAUUUCGUCGAUCAAAGUUGUGAAUUUGUUCACCCCAACAGCUGUGGACCUUCCCGCGGCGCUUCCCCGUAGCACUGUGCCACCUGUACCCAACGGCUUCUACGGUCGAACAAAAGCAUCCUUCUAACACUUCGAUGUCUACAGCACACCACUGGAGAUUGUGGGCAACGUACUGGAGUGCUGCGUAUGUCGGAUUGACUUCCAGAACGGACACCUGUGCAAAGGAAACCCCCUUGCUUGGCACAGACAAGCCGCGAGGAGAACCCACACCGGCUGCCCACCAUAGCUUGAGUUGACAGCGUAAUACAGCAUGUGAAUCCAUAGUAAAGCAUUGGAUCUACUUGAGGAAUAACAGUCGUGUCAAGCAUAAUUGUCAUAGCUGAGAAGUUAUCUCGUGUAUCUACUUUUAGACCGACAGUCAUCAUGUGACGUGCCCAUAGUAGAGAAUUUAGAAUAGAAAUACAACCCAUGAGUAAAAU